AACAAAAAAGCGGGCGAUUUAAACGUGCCUUCGAAACCCGUUAGGAAUGCGUCGUCACCCGGAGACCGUUUAAAAGCAGCUUUGACUGGCUUUCUAGUAACGCGGAGGCAGGCGCCCCACCUCGCCUUUGCGGGGCCAGGGCCUGUCGCCCUGGUGAGCCUGGCCAAGAGGGAAUUUAAAUUUUUUUUUUCUUUUUAGUAAAAGCUGCAGUUGAAUGACUUUAAGACAGCUACAUUUUUAGGAAAGUGGGAGAGAAUCUGAGGUUUCUAUUAAUAGGAAUGCUUAGGGGCUUCUUUCCCAAAGGUUUUUAUUAGGUGAACUAUUUUUCCUUUUUAGAAAACCCCAUGCGAAAGGGUAGCUCUCUAGUUACUUGUAGCUCAAGGCUGGUAUCUUUCAAAGCCAAUGAACUAGUGUUAAGAUACAGAGAAAUUAUUUCCUUGAAAGCUGUUUUAGGUAGUGAUCCACCAAUGGUUAGAGGUUAUUAUUAUAGUAAGUUUCAUUUUGAUCAAAUCACAGCUAAUCAAGAUUUAAUCACUUCUAGGUGGGGAAGGGAAGCGUUCAGUGUAACCGUACUUACACUGACUUAACACUUUUGAUACAAUAAUUUGUUGUACUAGAGUGGGGAACACAUGUUGGAGCGAUACAUAGGAUGAUCUGUAGGUGACACUUUCUAGCAAAUACCUGCAAUCCAGAAUUUUUAUUGCCCUUUUAGCCCAAAUAUUUCAGUCUCAUUUAGUGCCACUUUUAAGUGAGACGAAUUUCUGAUUGUUUGGUAUUUUGCUUUCUUCCUUAAGUUUGUGUAUUUUUGUAUAUGUGUGUGAUCUGGCAUUUUCAUUUUGACGUCUAGAACAAAUAGAGUUUUCAGCUGUUUAAGUGUUAUGUGUCUCCAUAUCUCCCUUCAUCCUUAUGCUAGCCACACACAAAGGGAGCUGCAUGACGUGCAGUGGAACUUGAACUUGACUCUAUCUAAAGAUCAUAGGCUGCUUUCUAGGAAGAAAAGUUGCAUGGGUUGCCACAGAGAUUUUAACUUUGACAAAGCUAGAUAUAUGUUCAUUUAAAAGGAAAAAAAAAACCCCACCUUAUUAGUUCCUCCUCCAUCCCUUGACAGGUUUUCAGCCUGUAAAUGAGUGUUUUGGUCUUAUUAAUUGCCACAGUUGGAAGAGUGGCUGUAAAGGGGGAAACAGUGGGAAAAAAGUGUGGCUGAGAAUGAGACCAGAGAAAAAAGACUCUUUGGAGUUCAAGGAAAUGUUGUAUUUUAAAAACAACUGUUGCUUAGCCCAGAGGCUUGGGGAGAAGGAUUAAGUAAAAAAAACUUGGAAGACUUGGUGAAAAGAAAGCAGAUCUCCAUGUGUCUCACCCAUAGUAGGCACUUCAUAAAUACUGAUUUUUGACUUCAAGGAGCCCUUAGUGGCUUAAAGUAUUAUCACAGAAGUGGUGUUACAUGUACAUUGUUGAAAAUUAGGCAAUACAGAGAAGCAAAUAUAAUAAGAUAUUCCUGCCACCCACAGAUCACCACCAUAUCACUUUCCAGAUAAUUAUCUAUGCAUAUGUGUGUAUGUGUUAGUCAAAACGAGAUCAUACUGUAUAUACAGUUCUGUAAGGAGUUUUUUUCCCAUCAGCUAGCUUGGUAAGUUUUCAUCUCAUUACUGGGAUGUAUUCAGAUUUCCUCAGUUGGCCCCAAAAUAUAACAGAGCAGCUUUGUCUAAAACACUGUCCACUCGAGGAAGAUUUAUUGCAUCUGAUUAUUUCCCGUAAGUAGAUUUUUAUCUGUGGUAACUUUUGACAGAACCUCUGACAUUGAGGAGGCAAGCCUUUGGAAUUAAUCAUGACUGGAUUUUAAAAAAGUGGGAAUCAAAGUAGCAUUUUACUGUACUUGGAAGUUUUAGAUUUGGAGAUUAUCUGUUUGAAAAAUACUGUAAAGAAAUUGCCUGAGACUUGGAAAAAGAAUUAUCAGCUGUUUGUGUUUCAGUAUUGAGGUGGUUGGUUGGAACAGCAGAUAUCAAGACAUCAAACGCUGCUCAUAGCCUGUAACUUGAGGAUUUGUCAGGAGUGAGGAGGCGGCAUAUAAAUCUCCCAAUUUGCUUGCUUCCUUACUUGCUGUUGGUGAAGCUCUUCCCUCGUUUAGUAUUAUGGGGCACCUUUUACACCAUUACAGUUAAUGAUCUGUCAGAAUUUGCAUUAUAAACCCAAUUUUCCCACAAGGUUAAUAAAAUAGAUGUUCUAUGGAGGAAAACAUGACAUCUUAGCCAAUACAUCUUACUUUUUAUUUGGAUCGGCAUUAAAAAAUUCAUCUUGAUUGUUCAAACAGAGAAAAUUAUACUAGUGUUAAACUUCUUUCCUCCCCUCUGUCCAAGCCUUCAAGAUAGAAUAUUGGCACCAUAUUCAACAAUACUUUUCUUUUUUUUAAUUUUUUAAAAGUUUUUUUAAAACUGUUACUUUCUUAGAUGGUGUCAGAAGCCUGGUAGGAACCUUAAUUGAGAAAGUAUUUUAAUUCCUGAGACAGUAAGUUGUUUCCUUGAAAGUUUCAGUGUUCAGUCCAUUUUCUCCAUUUUCAAGAUCUUGCAGCACUAUAUGUGAUCAUAUAUUUUAAAUUUGGAUAAUUAGUGUUUAUUAUUUGUAGUAUGUAACAUUUCAGAAAGUUCAGACUUAAUUGAAAGAGUCUAUUGUCAUUUGCCUGGUGUCCUUAUACAAAAAUACUGGUCUGUGAUUGUGAGGGUGUGUAUUUUGAUGUUUUCACAAUUGGUGGUCUCUAAUGGAAUAAGUUACCCUGCAUUCCUAGUGGAUGUAAGAGUGGCCCCAUUGGGCCUUUUUACCUUGGAGUGGAAGUGGUAUCUGGUCUGUGAAGUUUAGCUAGGGUCCAGUUUCAUAGAACAGAGAGAAAAUCUAGUCUUAAGAGGGUAUUGAUCUUAACUCUGGCCAUGUUAUUGUGGCCUUAUCUAGCCUAGACCUUGAGUGAUUACUAAGGAUGUCUUUCCUCACCUGAAAGCAACAAAAAUAAAGAUUGGGAGACAUAGAAUGAAAAGGACUGGGGAAGGGACUGUAUUUCCAAUUUUUUUUAAAGCAGUUUUUUUUUUUUUUUGAGGAAGAUUGGCCCUGCGCUAACAUCUGUUGCCAGUCUUCCUCUUUUUUCCCUUUUCUCCCCAAAGCCCCAGUGCAUAGUUGUGUAUCAUAGUUGUAGCUCUUCUAUACGGGACGCUGCCUCAGCAUGGCCUGAUAAGCAGUGCGUCGGUGCGUGCCCAGGAUCUGAACCGGCGAACCCUGCGCCGCUGAAGUGGAACGUGGGAACUUAACCGCUACGUCACCAGGCCGGCACCUGUGUAUUUCCAUUUUGAAUCCUUUAUUAGCUCUAGAACAGUGGUAUAUGAUGUGCACCUAGCAGAUGUUCAAGGAGUGAACUUAUGAUUACUCUAAAAUGUGUCUAGUACUUACUUUUUGCUUUUGGUUCUUCAAGUAGAGUCAAGACAUAAUAAGGUAAUUGAGGACAGUUGAAAUAAGUUUAUUUUUAAAACCUUAGAUUCUUUUGGGCUUAUUUGUUGAAGGAAUUAAACUAUAGUUUUCUCUGGUUUUGAAAGCACUCACAGUUGAAAAUAAUAUAUAUUUUUAAUAUAUUUUUUUUUUGGUGAGGAAGAUCAGCCCUGAGCUAACAUCCGUGCUAAUCCUCCUCUUUUUGCUGAGGAAGACUGGCUCUGAGCUAACAUCUAUUGCCAAUCCUCCUUUUUUUUUUCCCCAAAGCCCCAGUAGAUAGUUGUAUCUCACAGUUGUACAUCCUUCUAGUUGCUGUAUGUGGGAUGCUGCCUCAGCAUGACCGGAGAAGCGGUGUGUCGGUGCGCGCACAGGAUCCGAACCUGGACCGCCAGCAGCGGAGCGCACGCACUUAACCGCUAAGCCAUGGGGCCGGCCCUGUAUAUUUUUAAUAUUGAUCAUUUAAUGUUUGUACAGGAGAUUUUAUUAAUUUGAAAAUUCAUGACACUUUCUAAGUUAAGUCAAGAUUUUAGUGGUGAGGGUCCAAACUGAGGAAUAAAAUGAGCGUUUGUUUUCUUUACUCCUUACUCCAGGGUAAGGAGCAAGAAUUGGCAAGAUUAACAAGUUGCUGGAGUUUGAGCUGCGUAGUUGGCUUUUGUUUAGCACAAAGUACACUAAACAUGAUUUAAGAUUUUUGUUGAUUACUCAUGGUCAUCUUUACGAGCAUCAGUUAUUUCACUGUUGAAAUGUAAUGAUGCACUUAAUAUGUGUAGACUGAGGCCUGGUGGUGCCUAACUUUUACAAGUCAAGGGCACUUUUGAGAUCUAAAACCUGUGGAAUCUUGCCCCCAGAAAAAGCGAGUUGCACUGAAAUUUGCAUGUCAUUUAAGGGGUUCAAUGGAUACUUUUAAGUGCAUCCUUGGAUUCCAGUUUAGAGUUUAAAUUCUGGUGUCUUUUUAUGAUUUCUCUCUGAUCCUUUUACAUCACUGUUAAUCAUGUAUUGUAGUUAAAAUGCCUGUCUAGAACAGUCAUUUUUCUGCUAAUUGGUUAUUGGCUUGAAAAUCAGAUAAGAAGCUUGUUAGAAGUUUUUAUAACUUAGUGUACACUGGCCCCAGGUAGAAGCCUCAGGGGUUUUUCUUUGAGAAAAAUUCACGGAUUUCUAGCCAUGGCCUUUGUUUAAGUUACUUAGAGCACCUCCUCCCCUUUCCUUUCCCCUUUUGAUCUUCCACUGUUCUAGUUAAGGACUGAGGGGGUAAGUGUGUCUCUGAUCCUUCACUUUGUAAGCUGUAAGGUGCUUGUCAGUUGCCCAGGACCUGGUAAUUGAGUCACAUUUCACUAAACAUACAUAAUGCUGGUUUAUAAACAUCAUACUGCCAGUCUGUUGAUUUAUAGCAGGGAUCAGUAAACUUUUUUUGUGAAGGGCCAGAUAGUGAAUAUUUUAGGCUUUGUGGGCCUAACAAUCUCUGUUACAGCUGUUCAACUCUGCUGUUGUAAGUGUGAAAGCAAUCAGUGGAUAAAAGGUAAAUGAAUGAACAUGGCUGUGUUCCAAUAAAACUUUAUUUAUGGACAGUGAAAUUUGAAUUAUGUGUAAUUUUCAUGUGUCAUGAAAUGUUCUUUUGAUCCCUUUCCCCCAAACUAUUUAAAUAUGUAAGGACCAUUCUUAGCUCAGGGGCUGGACAAAAACAGGCUGUGGACCUCUCAUUUCUAGUGAGAGACAGCAUUACCUGGUCACUGGGUUGUUUCUGCUGGGGGCUGAGUUCCCUUUCUGGUAGGAACCUGAAGAAACAAGUUGAAAUCAGAAGUUUGUUUGAUAAAUAUGGAGGGAGUUGGCUAGUCUGGAGGCUGUGGCUCUUAACUCUUUGGUUCCUAGAGCCCCUUUGAGGGUAGGAUGUGUAACAAGGGACCCUUUGUACCUAGGAAAGCAUACCUAGACAGUGAUACCCUCCAAGGGGGCCAGGUCAAGAAGCCCUGUAUAAGGGGCUAUGCAUUAUAAACUGGGGUUCCUUGCAGAGGGACAUAACCUCUCUCCAAGUAGGGUGUAUAUGUCACACCAAUUGAAAGUUAAUGCCUGCUGUACCCCUGUGAUAGUGUUCAGGGAACCCCUUGCACGCUUUUCUUCUAGCUCUACAUCUUGUGUGCUCCACCAGGCACAACGGCAUUUGCAACUGUCUUCACAUCAGCUUGCCAGGAAACCAUGUUUCAAUUUCCAAGUUAACAGACUAUUGUUCAUUGAUUACAUUUUAGUUGUCUGCUUCCUGAUAACAUAUAAUGCACGGCCUUAAUCUUUCAGAUAACCUCUUUCUAAAUCCCAGUAGGCAUUCAGGAGGGGGAAGCUCAUGGUCUAGGCACCUGGGAGGAGGUGGAUGGCACAGGAGUGCCCACCCGCCUUGGGAACUGGUCUUUGGUUUGGCGACUGGCUUUACCCUAGACCUAUCUGCGCAUCUUUGCUCAUGGUGCUUAACCUCUCCAGAAUUCAAUGUACUCGUCUUUAAAAUGAUGAAAGGUAGAUUAAAUUAUCUCCGAAAUGUUCUCUAGUCACACAGUUAUGAUUUUGUGGGUUUCUUUUGGGAAGAUUUCCUGUAGACACAAUCCAUAGAUGAGACUUUUCAGCUUUAGCCUCAGAGAGGACUCUCCAGACCUUGCUGCUAGGUUUUGAGACCCUCUUACAUUUCCAUGACCAUAAUGACAAGAUUUGUAAAAUUGCGACGAAAUGUUUGUUUGCAUAUGUAACUCAGAUGAUGUGUAAAUACGGUUUUUGUUAAGUGUGCCAUCUAGGUCUCAAAUAUACAACAUUGGGAGUCUUGGUUUUUUUUUUAAACAGUACUUUAAAAAUUUUUAGUGACUUAACAUUGUUAGUCAUAACUGAUAGUUUCUGACAACCGGUUAUAAUCAAGGAACAAAGUUCCUCAAAACAGCUGCAUUUCAAUCUGUGUGCAGUGUAAUUGUCAUUAGCUGGUUGGUCUGGUUUCUGCAGAAGCUGCCUUGCAUAUCCUGUAUAAGAACAUCUGGUUUGAGCAUUUAAAAAUCUUCUAAAAUUACCCUGUAGACACUUUGCAUUUAUUGACUUAUUCUUCCAAGGGUAGAUUUAUUCUACCUUAAGUCUACUUAUUCUGGACUAUUGACUUAUUUUUCCCAUCCUUAACCUUACCUGGGUUCAUUCAGAUACUGUUAACUUUUGGUUUUUCUAAAGUGUUAUUCUUCAGUGAACUUUUAGAGUUUGAACCUGAAGAUUUGCCUCUGUGUGUGUGUGUGUGUGUGUGUGUGUGUAUUAUAUAAAUUAGAAUUUGGUUCAGAGACCCCAAGGCAGAAUAGAACACUAACUUCUGAUUUCAGUGAAAUGCUUUAGAAAAAACUUUAUUUUCAUGUAUUUUGAAGAGAUUGGUCUUACCUUAUUAGUUUUCCCUGGUGUCAAAAAAAGUGUGAGAAGAGGAAUAGAACCUAUAGGAAUAGAACCUAUAGUCAGAAUGCGUAUUCUCACUGAGUGGUAGCACUGUGUUAAGGAGGAUUCUGAAGUCAUGUCUGGGCUUGUAGAAAAGAAUGACCUAAUGUAUUAACAAUGCCUGCCACAGGUGGAGGCAAUGGUGUAUUUGCUAGCCAUCUCUGGAAUGUAGCUUUCUUAUUUUUAUUUAUUUUUUCCAAAAUAGUACUACUCUGGAAAUGGAUAAGAAGUUGAAUGUUAUUCUUUAAAGGUAGUUUAAACCUUAAUUUUCCUGUCUGGGUUAGUUUUUUUCUGUUCUUAUUGUGUAUAUUUUUUAGUGACCUGCCUCUGGCAUUGGCUAUUGAAAACUUUUGAUUUUGCAGUAAAUAAUGAGUGGGUGAUGUAUAGCAUUAUCCUAUUAUCUUUUUUUCUCCUGCACCAUUUCAUCAGGUAUUCUUUUUUUUUUUUUUAUGGUGAGGAAGAUUGGCCCUGAGCUAACCUCUGUUGCCAAUCUUCCUCUCUUUGCUGAGGAAGAUUGGCCUUGAGCUAACAUCUGUGCCCAUCCUCCUCUAUUUUGUCUGUGGGAUGCCACCACAGCAUGGCUUGAUGAGCAGUGCGUAGGUCCACAUCCAGGAUCAGAACCUGGGAACCCUGGGCCACUGGAGCGGAGCACACAAGCCUAACCACUAUGUCACGAGCUGGCCCCUCAUCAGAUGUUCUUUUGAAGCAAGACAAGUCUCUGACACCCCAUCUCAGGAAAGAUCUGGAAUAUACACAGUGUAUACUGAUGGCUGCUCGUUUUACACUGGUGCUUUGCAUGGGGCCCAGAAGUUGUGCUCUCAGUGUCUUCUGUAUAUGGUGAGGAGCAGGGAAGAAAGGUUUUGGAUUUUAAAUCUUUACUGUUAUAAAUGUAUUACAGGAUCAUGGUGAAAAAUUAAAAUCAUACCAAAGGUCGUAAAGAGAGGUAAAAGUUCCCAGCCUAUUCUCUCUGGAACACUGUGGUCACAUUUCUCAGAGAUAAACACUUAACCUUUAUGUUCUUCCUGAAAUUUUCCAUGAGUAUGCAAGGAAUUGGUGUAUGUAUUCUCUUCCCUCCUCCUUUUUGUAUAUAAAUGGGCUUAUGUUUCAUUUAUUUUUUUCCUGCAGUUUGCUUGUGUUUCUUAAUGUCUUUGGUAUCUUUCUAUAUCUGAUCGUAUAGAUCUAACAGAAAGGAACUCUGCGUAGAUGGAAAUAGAGAUAGAAGCUCAAGAUUGGAGGCCAUGCUGACUGACUGCCUUUAUUGUUUGGGUGUGAAUUCAUUUACUCCCAUGUCAAAGGAAGUUAAAAAAAUACAUUCCAAAUACAGAUGAUUGGAAUAUUUUGUCAUAGCUGCUGUUCAGUUGCUGACUCAAUUAGAGUCAGCAAUUACAGAGACCUGGGAGGGCUUUAAUAGAUUGUUUUAGGGCUCAUAAGCAGUGAUUGGAUUAUUUAUAAAUUGGCAAUUGGCAGCUGCUUGUGAUUCAUUUAGAGCCACUCAAAUUUAUAAAUUCUUUAAACUCUUGAAAAAUACUUCUAAUGACUUUUAAAGUUUGAGUUUAAAAAUAAUUUAUAAAGAAUUUACAGUGAACUAAUGUGUUAUAGCACUUGGACUCUUAGUAAUGUUCAUAGGAGUAAACAUUGCAGUUAUAAUGAUCUGGUCAGUUCUUAUAAUCUUUUCUGUUUUGGGAGAGGUAGUUAGUUAUUGCUAAUAUAAACUCUUUUCAGGUGAAUAUUUUCAACUGUGACAUCUUUACAAAGGCUGUGUAGUAGCUUGGGCAGCAUUUUCUUUAAACAAAGUUUGAUGUAUGACAUUAUAAAGGACACAUUUUUAAAAGUUCCAUUUUUAGGGGUUGAAAUAUUUAGACAAAGUUAAAAGUUGAACACUUAACAUCUAAGCAGUUUGUCAGUUAAAUCAAAUCUAUGACUGUUUUUUUUUUGACCAGAUAUAAGCCUUUGGUUAAAGUGAGAAAUCUGAGUUAGAGUUAUAGUCAUGCUAGUAUUUUUAGAUUCUCUUUGAGCAUAUGAAUUAGAUAAUGUUGUCAGUUUGAAAACUUCCUAUCUAGGCAAUUAACGUUUGCUUUAAAAACUGAAGUAAUCAGCUGGAUUUCCUUCACAUUUAGGGACAGGAAAUUGCUGUGAAGUAUAGGUCAUUAUUAUAUUUGGGUACUUUGUUACAUUGGGUGCUGUAUACUUCACAGAAGACAAGAAACUGACCUAUAAAGAAAAUGCAAAUCUUUUUAUGGGGAGUAGUCUGUGAUUAAUAACUUAGGAAUCAAAUUAUCAAUUACAUAGUGUUUAAAAAUAAUAUUCAAGUUGUGUGACCUUAGCAAACAGGAACAGAAAGGAACACUUUUUAUCUUUAUGUAAGACUACUUGAUGUCUGAAAAUACAUUUUUAUUUUACACAUUUGCUAAAUACACUUUUUAACAUGGUGCACUUAGAUAUUAGAUUAUUAACUUUGACAGAGAAUGGAAGGACACUGAUAAAUUUAAAAUAAUGUAAGAGAAGUUACUCCAGCUAAAGGUCAGUUAGAUAUUAAAGUGAAAGCAUCUCAAAUUCUGCAGAGCUGAGCGAGCAUAGGAUACAGUUUAUGUACGGGAACUCAGUCAUUCAUCCAGGAUAUUUUAAUACGUAGCGUUGCAUUAGGUGAUAUAUAGAGAAGUAUGUAGAGGUCUUUAAUUGAGUACCUUCUAGAACUUCUUGAAAGUGAAAUAAAUAAGAAUGAAAACAUAGUGGAUAAAAUUGAUACUUUGAGGGAGAAACCAGUCUUUCUGCAUAUGAGCCAUAAGAUAAUUAAAAUCACUAGGGUGUAAUCCUUGUUAUAGCUGUAGAGUUUAUGGCCUGAUAAAUGGUCCCUGUUCCACCGCAGAGUAAUUCUAGUCACUGGACAGUUUGUUUUCUUCAAAUGGGUCCUUCUUUCCCAGGAAUAGCAUUGAAUAAACGUCCUUAGAUUCUUAAUCAUCUUAUUCUUUUGUAAAAGCCUUUUCUCCUGUCCCUGAGGUCAUUUCUCGUUCUUUGUUAGUUAGAAUCACAUACCAGUCAUGCCUCCCUGGGACCGCACCCGGUCACUGAACUUGUUCACCGGACUUGCCCACUCGCACAUUCCUGAGCCACCUUGGGGAUGGGUUCCCUUAGCUAAUGGCCGCCCUUAACUUGGUGCGUGCUGAUCUUUUCCCCCAGUUUCACUCCAAGGAAACUUAAAUUUCAAGGUUUUGAGGAACCUUGCUAUCUCAUGUACACAUCCCAUGUCCCGCUGUAAUCUGUGAACAGUAACCUUGGAACCUUUAUGGUAGUGAUCACACUGAAGCUGCUUGUCUAGGUACUCGCUUACUGUGUCUCCCUGUGGGCUGUUCCAUAUCUUGUUCACCGUCUCUCAGGCAUUUAACUUGAUACAAUUUUAAUCGAAUUAAUAUAUUAGCUAAUCUACUACAUUUUAACCCUAUAACAGAAGAGAUUGAAGGAGAGUAAUCUGCAUGUAAUCUAAACAGCGAUUUGGGCCAGUGAGUAGGAAGAUGUCUGUGCUUCCUGAGGGGAUGGUGCCCUGAGCAGCCACCACAUGUGCCUGGUUGUCUUGGCACGUCCCUCCCUACAGUGGAGAUGGAGGUGCCAAAGGAUUGUCACUUGACUGAUCCAGCCGGGGUCUUUGGCCAAUGACCUCCUCUUACUUGGCUUUUCCAGUCGAUGUUCUGAUUAUAAUCAGCCUUCCUAGGUAGUCUUACUCUUUUUGGGCAAAGAUCCAGAUGUCCAAUACUAAAUAAUUAGUAUUUUUGUCUGCCUACCUGUUGUGCUUCUCAUGGCAAAUGGACACUCCAGGCUCCUGUAAAUUGCAUCACUUAGAGUCAGUUUUGAUGAAACCAGUUUGAUGAAACAUCCAGAAUGUCAGGAUGAGCCGUGUCAAGGACUGGACCCAGAGUUCUGGGGACAUCUGUUGUAGCUCCCUUGUGAAGCCUUGUUUUGCUCAAGACCGUUCUCUGUGAUGUCAUUUAAUUUAAUUUCAUAUUUAAUUUGAGAGGGUCUCCAUUCUCCAGAACUUACUAUAAGCUUUUAGAGACAGACAUAUAUGGGACAUUUAAGUGAUGAUGCAAGGCAGGAGUUGGCUGACUAGUAAAGAAAACAGUAAAUUAAAAAGCAGGGUGAAAAAGUUCUAAAAGAAGAAAAAAGCUGAAAUGAGAAGUACAGAAUAUAAAUGCUUUUAACUGGAAUGGUGGAUGAUACUUAGUGGCUUUGAGUUGAUCCCCAGAGAAGAAGUGGGAUUGGGGUAGGUUGGGAGGAAACGGCAAAGGAGCAACAUUAGCAGAGGUUGAGAACAGAGAGAGGGGUGUUUUCAAGGGCAGAGGCCUGGCACAGCCGAAGCAAGCUGGUCGUGGGGGCUUGUUAGGAGAGGUGCUUGGGUAGAGCUGGGAGGGGCCAGGGAGUAGAAAACCUCUGAGUUUGUACCUGGACCCGUUUGCAGUGUGGAACAGAGGGAGAGAUUUGCAUAGGGACUAGCUUGAGGAGGUCGCCUCAUAGGGAGGAUUGAUUUGUUGUAAUAGUUGGAAGGGCUAGGAGAUCGCAGGCAUGGAGAAUGGAAGGGCGAUGCUUAAAGCGAUCUGGGUAUAGGUGGUUGAAGACAGACCUGUGAGGCUGCGGGGGGACUUAAAAGGGUCAUACAUUAUGGAUCGACAAGCCUUGGUGAUUGGCUAUAAGGCUGCCUGCUGUUUCCCGGGGAGACCAUGAAACGAGGUCGCCUUCCCAGCAGCAGUGAGGAUUCUGACGACAAUGGCAGCCUGUCAACUACUUGGUCACAGAAUUCCCGAUCCCAGCACAGGAGAAGUUCGUGUUCCAGACAUGAAGAUCGGAAGCCUUCGGAGGUGUUUAGGACAGACCUGAUCACCGCCAUGAAGUUGCAUGACUCCUACCAGCUGAACCCGGAUGAGUACUAUGUGUUGGCCGAUCCCUGGAGACAGGAGUGGGAGAAAGGGGUCCAGGUGCCUGUGAGCCCUGGGACCAUCCCUCAGCCCGUGGCCAGGGUCGUGUCUGAAGAGAAAGCCCUCAUGUUCAUCAGGCCCAAAAAAUACAUUGUCUCGUCAGGCUCUGAGCCUCCAGAGUUGGGCUAUGUUGACAUCCGGACUCUGGCUGACAGUGUGUGUCGUUACGACCUCAAUGACAUGGACGCUGCGUGGCUGGAGCUGACCAAUGAGGAAUUUAAGGAGAUGGGAAUGCCUGAGUUAGAUGAAUACACUAUGGAAAGGGUCCUGGAGGAAUUUGAACAGCGAUGCUAUGACAAUAUGAAUCAUGCUAUAGAGACUGAAGAAGGCCUGGGGAUCGAAUAUGAUGAAGAUGUUGUCUGUGAUGUCUGCCAGUCACCUGACGGUGAGGACGGCAAUGAGAUGGUGUUCUGUGACAAAUGCAACAUCUGCGUGCACCAGGCCUGUUACGGAAUCCUCAAGGUCCCAGAGGGCAGUUGGCUGUGCCGGACGUGUGCCCUGGGAGUUCAGCCAAAGUGUUUACUAUGUCCCAAGAAAGGCGGAGCUAUGAAGCCGACCCGGAGCGGAACGAAAUGGGUCCAUGUCAGCUGUGCUCUGUGGAUCCCUGAGGUGAGCAUUGGCAGCCCAGAGAAGAUGGAGCCCAUCACAAAGGUGUCUCACAUCCCUAGCAGUCGCUGGGCGCUGGUAUGCAGCCUCUGCAACGAGAAGUUUGGGGCCUCCAUACAGUGCUCUGUGAAGAACUGCCGCACGGCCUUCCAUGUGACCUGUGCUUUUGACCGGGGCCUGGAGAUGAAGACCAUCUUGGCGGAGAACGAUGAAGUCAAGUUCAAGUCCUACUGCCCGAAGCACAGCUCACAUAGGAAACCGGAAGAGAGCCUCGGCGAGGGGGCUGCUCAGGAGAAUGGGGCCCCCGAGUGUUCCCCCCGGAAUACGCUGGAGCCCUUUGCCAGCCUUGAGCAGAAUCAGGAGGAGGCCCACAGGGUGAGCGUCCGUAAGCAGAAGCUGCAACAGCUGGAAGAUGAGUUCUACACCUUCGUCAACCUGCUGGACGUUGCCAGGGCCCUGCGCCUGCCAGAGGAAGUAGUGGAUUUCCUGUACCAGUACUGGAAGUUGAAGAGGAAGGUCAACUUCAACAAGCCCCUGAUCACUCCAAAGAAAGACGAAGAGGACAAUCUAGCGAAGAGGGAGCAGGAUGUCUUGUUUAGGAGGCUGCAGCUGUUCACUCACCUGCGGCAGGACCUGGAGAGGGUUCGGAACCUCACUUACAUGGUGACCCGCAGGGAAAAGAUUAAACGAUCUGUGUGCAAAGUCCAGGAACAGAUAUUCAAUCUUUACACUAAGCUUUUGGAGCAAGAAAGAGUUUCAGGUGUGCCUUCUUCUUCCUGCUCCUCCUCCUCACUGGAAAACAUGCUUUUGUUUAACAGUCCUUCUGUGGGCCCUGAUGCUCCCAAGAUAGAGGACUUGAAGUGGCAUUCUGCGUUCUUCAGGAAGCAAAUGGGUACUUCCUUGGUUCAUUCGCUGAAAAAGCCCCAUAAGCGAGAUCCGCUACAGAAUAGUGCUGGGAGUGAAGGCAAAGGCCUGCUGAAGCAGCCAGACCUGUGUGGGAGAAGGGAGGGGAUGGUGGUCCCAGAGAGCUUUUUGAGUUUUGAAAAGACCUUUGCGGAAGCACGUCUCAUCUCAUCACAACAGAAAAAUGGUGUGGUGAUGCCAGACCAUGGGAACAGGAGAGACCAUCGUCUUCAUUGUGAUCUCAGUAAGGGAGACUUAAAGGACAGACCUUUUAAACAGAGUCACAAGCCUCUCAGGUCCACAGACGUGCCCCAGAGGCAUCUGGACAGCACACGAGCUGCCACCUCCCCUGGAGUGGGGCCGUCAGCACCCGGCACACGGAAGGAGACGGUGCCCAAGUGCAACGGCUCCCUCGUCAAAGUGAACUGUACCCAGCCUGCAGUCAAAGUGCCUACAACUCCUGCCAGCCCCGUGAAAAACUGGGGAGGAUUCCGGAUUCCAAAGAAGGGGGAACGGCAGCAGCAGGGAGAGGCCGAGGGGGCCUGCCACCAGCACUCAGACUAUCCCUAUCUGGGCUUAGGCCGAGUUCCAGCCAAGGAAAGGGCAAAAAGCAAAUUAAAAUCUGACAAUGAGAAUGACGGGUAUGUCCCUGAUGUGGAAAUGAGUGACUCAGAGAGUGAGGCAUCGGAAAAGAAAUGUAUACAUGCCAGCAGCACUAUCAACAGGAGGACAGACAUUAUCAGGAGAAGCAUUUUGGCCUCUUGAUGAAACAGAGAUGGUGUGGGAGCACUGCGGGCUUGUCACUGAGUUGCUAGACAUGAGGGACAAGCAGAAACCCAUCACUCCUGAGCUACACAAACACAUUUACUUGCAAUUCAGAUUGAAUUUUUUUUCAGUCAUUUGUAAAUCAUUGUUGUGAGAAUUGUGUGUUAUUUGCAACUUAUUGAGGAAACACAAGAGUAGAUUGUAACUGUAAGACACUGCUAAGACUCUAGAGGCUGAAUUAAACACUAAAAUAAGAAUGAAAUAAGUUUUUAAAGAGGGCAGGGCUUAAAUAAGCCUCAUGAGUUUUUAUUGCCCUCUGUAUUCUUCCCAAAGCACAAACUCUUGGUUACCUGAAUAUAUGGAAUCAGAUAUGGUCCUUGAGAGACCCUCAUGUACCAUUUAAUAGCCCAUAAAACUUACUUUCUAGGACUGUGAUAGAUCUUGAAAUCAUAUUUAUACUUUGGCCCACAAGGCUGUAUUUUUUGCAUUAUAGUAUACAGGCAGUAGCUCUGAAGCUUCAGUAACUUAAGGGAAUUCAUGUGUAAAUAUAGCAGAUGGGGAAGAGAGAAUUUAAAAAAGGUCAUUACUGGAAGAUCUGAAGGGACAGGGUAGAGCUGCUGCAGCUUGGAGAUUUAGGGUAAAUGUAGCAAGAUCCUGCUGCCUGAAGCCCUUGAAUGUGUUGUGGGUAUAGGACUGGUGGAGAGUGAAGCCAUUGGAAAGUUCUGUCUAUGAGAAAGGCAGUUGAGGUCUCGUUUCUACCAGUUCUCUUGACCUUCCUCUUCCCUAACCUUACCACUGCCUUUUGGGCCAGCUUGGGAUUUCCCUGGCCAUUGGCCAUACCUGGCCAUCUGGCUUCCAACAAGACAAUGGCUAUUCAAGUUCAAUCGAUGAACUUCCAGACUCUGGUGACUCAUACUUCCCAGAGCCAACCACUAGUGCAAAUGUUGGGGAAUCCGGGCUUCCAACAUGAACGGAUUCCUUAAGAAAAAGGAAAAAAAAAAAAAAGGAAAAAAAGUGAAAUAGGUUAUAUUCUAAAAACAAUAGAAAGGCAAUAAGUUGCGAUAUAACCUCUUACCAUUGACCAAGGUUAUAGAGGAAAGAGAUUGAAGUAUAAUAGGUUUUCUGGAGUCAGAGUUUUAAGCUCUAAUUCGUAACUUGGACUUUCUAAUUGCAAAUGGCAAUAACUAGUAAGUUAUCAGCAAUAAUAAAUUUAGCAUUAAAUUUGAGUACAAUGUUCUUUUUUGCACUCACUGUAGUGCGUAUGUAUUAAGACAGUGGAUAGUGUUAAGGUCCUGUUAAUUUUCUUUGGAAUUCAAUGUAGUUGUGAAUCAAACUAAGAGAAAGAAAGUUUAAAUAGCAAUGAGAUUUAGAAUUAUGGGCACUUGGAACAAGCCCAGCUUCCCCCAAAUUACCCCUUAGUUUGUUAAUAUCAGUAUUCAGAUUCCUGAUUCAUUUAUACAUCUGUUUCCAUGUGGCAGGGACAUUCUGAUACUUAAUGAAUAAUGCUUUGAGUUCUGUAGUUAACUUCCAAGUCUUCCAGAUGAUUGUCAACAAAAAAAAGGCUUAUUGAAUUCCAUCUUGCUAUGCAAGUUUUAUCAGAUGAUCAAAUAGUAGAUCUGAUGCAUCCCCAUUGUAUGUAUGACAUUUUCAAACCAAGUCUUAACUUUUCAAAUACAUUUUAGUAGCUAAUUCAGGGGAGGGGAAAGAAUGACCCAGGUUUGUAGAUUGACUAUUUUUGAGCUAUGGGGCUCAUUUUGAAAGACUGCUGUCCAGAUAAGCUGUUGCUACAGAUAUUAGAAGUUUCUUAUGAAUCCAAUUUGUACAUUCACGAAUAGCAUAAUUUAAAAAUCAGAUAUUUUGCAUAUGAACAAAAACCUUUUGCUGGAUACAGAAGAAAGUGGACUCUAUCUAUAGUUAUCUUUUGACUGCAGCAACAGCUCUGAGAGAAUAUAUAGAGGGAUAAUUUGUCAAGCCAUAGAAAGAAAAAUCUAAAUUCUAGUAAGUGUAUGACCUCUCACCAUUUUAAGAGGUACCAGAUUCAUUUGCACUAUUAGGAAUGCUAGUUUUGUGCAAAAAUAAUGCCUUACCUGUUUUUUCCCCACAUUUAGGUUGAAAAGCUUUCAAACGUUCCAAGUUAUGCUGAACCAAAAACCAAAACAAAACAAAACAAAAAAAUAAAAAAAAAACCCACACAAAAAUAAAAAACCCACACUUUUUAUUCCUGCUUUGAGAUGCAAAUGGUAUAGAGCACGGUUUCUCUGACAGUGUAAUGAUAGCUUUGUAAGUUAGUUCCGUGUCCUCCUGGGAACUCUGUGUGAGGUGGCCCUAAGCAGCAGCCCACCCGACCUUCCCACUUGCACUCGGUUAGUGUGGAACCAUUUGCUCUUCUUUUCUUUCUUUCUUUUUUUUAAGCUUUAUCUUUCCUUGUGCAUCCUGACCAAGAAAUAUCUUUGAUUAUGAUCAAUGUAUUAUGUCAAAAGGUAGGCUAGUAAAACUUUUGUAAAGUUGCCUGGAAUGUCAUUUGUUAGGUUAUAAACACAAAAUCUAAAUGAAGGGUUAUAUGUGUUGUGUACAAAUCUUAAUUAUUUUGAAAUGGACAAACUUGUCAUUACAUUUGUAACCUUGUACAGAGGAUUUUUCACUAUGUGCCUAGCUUGGUGUCCAUUCAGCUAAAAUUGAGAAAAAAAAGGUGCAUGAAGAGUUCAAAAUCAGAAAUUAAACAAAGUAUAUGUAGAGAUGACUAUUUUAUAUUACAUGGCCCAAUCCUGUAUUUAUUUCUAUCCCCUUUUUGAAAGUAUUUAUAAAACUAGUUGAGGACAGCUGUAUUUUUUUGUUGAACUAUUUAGUAGAAUUUGUGCCUUUUUGUCUGUAUGUGAAUAAAUGCUGUACAUUUUGCAAUACA